AGCAGUAGCCAGCUUAAUGCGAUUAGCAGCGCGUAGAAAGAAGAAACGUCAUUGAUGAGGUAUUCGAUGAUGUAAACAACGUAGUUUCGACAGCGCACAUCGAGCGCUUAUCAUGGGCAUUUAGUCUGCCCGUUUUUGAGCCACGCGUGCUUAACCUAUAUCCUACACGGUUGUCUAUAUAAUUUAUUGCGCUGCAUUGUUGAAUGUCUCGUCGUGAUCACAAGUCUUUUUCCAUACAAUAGUAUAGCGCGAUGAUGGCUCGAGUUCUGAACCAGAAAUCAUGCUUGAGUGAAUUUGCAAGCAUUAGCAGUCGAUGCUGAUGCUGCUGGCGCCUGCUGCGAUAUACGCGACUGUGUACGGAGACAUAUACGAUUUUAAUUGUUGCAACAUAAUGACGAUUUUCGGAGCACUUGCUGAUGCUGCUCUUGACUGGCCCUUCGAAACAUUGUGAUAAAAGUUUUAUAACGAGAGAAAAUUUUUUUAUACCUUCUGAUCAUGGACGAGCGACGCGUUGCUGAUUACUUCGUUGUAGCUGGUCUACCCGAUCAAGACACAGAAGUGAUCGAAACGAAUGGUGAAAAUCAAUGUAACAUUGAAAAUGGAGGAUAUAAAUUGGAAGAUUGGUGUCAAGAGGGUGCAACCAAAGACACAAAUCUUAAGCCACCUAUUACAGACUUGGCCAUUAUAUUUCCUGCCCUUGGUGAGGAUUGUCCAGAAGGCUACACUAUGCUUGAAUAUACAGACAGUGGUUUCAAAGCAGACCUAAAUCAUGGAAGUUUACGAACAGAGGAAUGUUAUUUGUGUUAUCGUAGAGGUAGAGAUAAACCACCUCUUGUUGAUAUUGGUGUCAUAUAUGAUGGCAAAGAGCGAAUUAUGAAAGAUGCAGAAAUUGUAACCAAAACCCCUACUGGAUUAGUAGCUAAUGUUAAUAAUUCUACCUCAAGAAUAUUUGUUACUUACAGGAGAGCUAGUAAAAAGAUGCCAUGUAACUCUUUAGUUGUAACAGAUGUACGAGUAAUCUUGACAAACAAAGGAGAAACUCCACCACAUGCUUUUUGCGUGAUUGGAAAGAAUUUAAAUAAGGGAAUGCUUGGAAGUGAUGUAUUCUUAUGCUAUAAAAAGUCAAUGAACCGAGCCAAUUUAAUUUCUUUCAAACCAUCGAUUUUAUACAAGUAUCCAAUGAUGGAUUACAAUACCUUUCAGUUUCCUCAUUCAGUUGCCAUGUUUUGUUUACCAAUGGGUGCAACAAUUGAGUGUUGGCCAAAAAUUGCAAGUAAACCAAAGCCUGUUUUCUCUACAUUUGUCCUAACUGUUGCUGAUGCAGCGCAAAAAAUUUAUGGAUCUGCAAUAACUUUUUAUGAGGAAGUUUUACCUCCUGAUAGUAUUAGUGAGAAUGAAAAGAAUAAAGAGAAUUCUGAAGUUUCAGAAAAUGAUAGUGUUGACUCGACCGAUCCGUCCGAAAUAAUAAACUCCAAGCCGCUGAUAAAAAAGAAAAUAUUCAAGAAAUUCGGCAUACUAAAAAAAUUGAAUUUAGCACAACUGGAAAAGCUCCAGUAUACGGAUCCAUCCACACAAUCGUUAAAUAUAAGCAAGUCCAUUUGUAUACUUUCGCAUUGGCCUUUCUUCGACACGUUCGAGCGUUUUCUCGUCUUUUUACACAGCCUAGUGAACCGUCAACCACAAAACGUGCCUAUUGAGAAGUACAUCUCGUACUUCCUGUGUGACAUACCCUUUCCUAGUCCGCAGCGACCUCGCAUCCUUGUACAAUUGAGCUCAACCGAUCGCCUUAUACUUACGCAACCAGAAGAUCUCGCAUUACCUCGCUCGGGGGCCAGCUUUCGUCAAUUGCUGAUGAAUUUAGGUGCAGACAACUGCAUGCUGAUAUUGCUUUUGAUUCUUACGGAACAAAAAAUACUAGUACACUCGCUACGACCAGAUGUUCUGACUUCCGUGAGCGAAGCUAUAUCUAUGAUAUUGUUUCCGUUUAAGUGGCAAUGUCCUUACAUACCACUGUGUCCUCUUGGACUGGCUGAAGUACUACACGCACCGCUGCCCUUCCUCAUUGGCGUUGAUUCUCGCUUUUUCGAUCUUGACGAGCCUCCAGCGGAUAUCCAUUGCGUCAAUCUCGACACGAAUAACAUAGCCAUUUGCGAGGACAAGCGCUACCUCAACAACAAAUUACUGCCGAAAAAAGCUGCCCGCAUGCUCAAGAGCUCGCUGGAAAAGCUCUAUCUGAAGCUUCAAACGAUUAAUCGAGAUCACGCGCAGUCGGGCAAUCAUAGCGUUGCCGACGACGAGGGUGACUUCAGCGUCGAUAAGGAAUUUCAACAAAAGCACCGAGAGCAGGCACUCGAGCUCGAAAUUCAAGAUGCUUUUCUAAGAUUUAUGGCACUCAUUCUUAAAGGAUAUAGAGCUUACCUGUUGCCUAUUACCAAAGCGCCCACCGUUGGGACCACCGAUCCGACCAGUUUAUUCAAUAUAAAUGCUUUUCUUCGUAGUAGAGAUAAGAAUCAUGCCAAAUUUUAUAGCAUGCUCGUGCGCACGCAAAUGUUUAUUAGAUUUAUUGAAGAGCGUAGUUUUGUAUCCGAUAUGGACAUGACAAGUCUGGCUUUCUUCGAUGAUUGUACGGAAAGAGUCGAAGAGGAUAACAACAUGCUUUUGGAAAUGGAUAUGGAGUCGCAGCAUAGCGAGAGAACUGUUUUUAUACCUCCACCAGAAGCUGAUCCUCAUCAAGAACCAGUUGUUUAUGCAACUUUUAAACUGAAUUCCAAAUUGAUGCGGCCACGGAAAAACUGUUUUCUAAAAAAUCCAGCAAUCGCUGCGAUCGGUAUUGUUCCAGGCAGUCCAAUGGCUCGUAGAACUCAACAAGAGAUAAAAGUUGCUCAAAGAAUGGCUCGUAAACAGGCUGCCCAACCAGAAAGAUGGGGACGUUGUUUACUUAAUACGUGUUACAGUUUGUGGUUUUUACAUCUACCGGCUAUGCUGCACGUAUCUAAUCAACCGGCUAAUUUAUUACACCAAGCUUAUGAACUUCUUAUAAAAAUGCAAAAAUUGCGUUUGGACCCAAUGGAAGAGGUCUGUUACCGCGCAAUGAUGCAGCUCUGCGGGGUCUACGGGCAACCCUUACUCGCUGUCAAGUUACUUUUCCAUAUGAAACGUAGUGGUGUUCAACCCAAUGCUCUUACUUAUGGAUUUUACAAUAAAGCCGUCCUAGAAGCAACGUGGCCUUCCGAUAUGACUAAUUCUAGCCAGCUAAUGUGGAACAAGCUACGUAACGUCAUCGUAGGCGCAGCUUUGUUCAAGAAAGCCGGCAAAAAGCGUGCCAGGCGACGCUCUUGCUCGAACAACGAAAAUCUACUAUUACCCGAAGAUCUCAAAGGUCAAAAUUUGGAACAUGCGAUCUCGCGUUCUAGUCUUGAUAGUAACCACUCACAAGAUACCGAAGUCGCUCGAAGCGAUUCUUUAAAAGGUAGUUCUAUACCUGAUCUCCCUACAUUUACCAUGAACGAGAAGAAAAAGUUGCUUCCGAGACAAAAUAGUAUUGUCAAAGACGCAGCUCUUCUACCGGAUUCACAGCCAGAUGUCCUCGAUCGAACGCCGAGCGACCCAAGAUUGGCAAGAAACGGAGAUUCUCCGGUUAAAAGUCCAGUUCGAACGCCAGUCACCGAAAAUGAUCCUUUAGGUGCACUAGUCAACGAUGAUACACCGAUUGUUUCGCCUUGCGAGGAGAAUGACUCUAAUUGUUCUACAAGCACGUUGACCGUGCUUACGAAUGCAAUGGAAGAUAGCAGGCCCGGAGGUCCUCUUCUCUUCCGCAAUGCCACAAUGCCACGCAGUGCGACGUUUCAUCAACCAGAGCUGGAAGGUGGAAGUGGAUCCAGUCAUUUACAACGCAGUGAAACUAUGCCACAUAACGUGCAAGGAGUUGAACAGGACCGUGAACGCGAGCGUUUAGAAAUUGGAAGUCUUUGGGCUCAAAAUAAAGACAGCGUGACGUCCAGCCUAUCUAGCAUAGGCUCGAGUCUGAAACUCAGCUUUGGACGUUAUUCUACCGGCGGACUCGCAUUUGCCAAAAACAAGGAUUUGUUAUCGAAGAAUCAGCUGAUUGAGUCUCUCAGUUUGUCAAGCUACAUCAGUCCAUCGAGCUUGACUGGCAAAAAAUCCAACGAAAUCAUUCUCGGAGGUCUGAAUAGUUUGAAAUCGGCCGCUUCAUCAGUCGCCAAGAAAUUUGACGAGAUCAAGGAAGCUAUUUCGGCUACGAGCACGCCGGUGAAGAUAAAAGAACGCGAGCAGAGGCUUAAUUACGGAGUUUCUAACGAAAGUUUGGAUUCUCUGACCGAUGGCUCGCAGCAAGAUCGCAACGAAGUGUCGGCAAGAAUGGCCGACUCGGUUAAAGGUGAUCAUAAUGUGGAACUAACGGCACUUUACGAGCUUGCCGAGUGUCUUUACCCGAGGGUGACGCGCGACAACGAGCAGGAGCGCGUCGCCGUGGAAUUGGUGUUGUCAAGCGCCAGUCGGUGUCACAACUGCUCGGCAAUACUCUAUGACGAGGAAAUUAUGGCUGGUUGGCAGCCGGAAGACUCGAAUCUCAAUACGAUAUGCCAGUUCUGUGACAAGCAGACCGUGCCUUUCUUGAACGUUACCAUACUCGAUUACAGAUGCGAAAGUGGAAAAGGCGGACACGAUCCGCUAAUGGCUGGACUCUUACCCGAACCACGAGUACUACCAGAGCCUUUCAGUGUGCCGUAUCUUAACCCGUUAGUGUUACGCAAGGAACUCGAGAGCGUACUAAAUCAAGAAGGCGACUCGUGCCUUACCAAGCACCGUUUCAUCCAAGAGCAUCCGAUUGUUUACUGGAAUCUAAUUUGGUAUUACGAGCGCGUCAAUUUAUCAAGCCACUUGCCUGAGCUUUGGCUCGAACAGUGUGACGAGCAUAGCAGUGGCAGAGUCAGGCCCCUAUCGACUAGUUGUGUCGGUGUAAGGACGCUCUGGGACAACGAAAAGUUGCACGUCGAUAAGCUUCCCAUGUACAUUCAAUGGAGAAAUAACGUGGAAGAUCGAACAUUCAUGCAAAAUGUGAUAACUUACGUGAGACGCAAUGACCUCGUAGAACCCAUCAAGCGAGUGGCUUUGGAACGCCACCGCAACCGGAACGGCGAAAAAUCGCCUUUCUCUGUGUACCGAGAUAUUCUCUUUUUAGCCUUUAUUGUACUAGGGCGGGGAAAUAUCGACCAAGGAGUUUUUGAUCGGGAGUACCUACUGUCGUUGGACAAAUUGUCUGAGAGCGAGGAGGAGCUUUUGUGUUCGAUUGAUACUGCGCCGUCUACAACGACGCUGUAUUGCCGACAUUAUUUCAAGCAAUUGAGCGUUUGAUUGUUUUUAUGGGUGAGAAUGUCCCGGUGAUACGUGAGAGCAAUAUACGUAUAAGUAAGCUGUGCAAUAUUAUCUUGAGAAAACACUUUUUACCAAAUCAAGUUUUCUUAUGCUUCGACUAAAGCACGUUUUUUCAGGAGAAACAACGAAAAUUAAGAGAAAAGAAAAAUCAUGUGAAUAUUAUAUAAUGAAUUUUACUAGAGAUUUUCGCUUUUUAUAUAUAUAU